AUGGCCGCGGAGUGGGAAGCCGGUGAGUCCGGGAACAGUAAGUCCUUCAAGCUUCUAGGAAAUUUAGACGUCCAGAACAUUCCCUGUGCACGUGACUCAGUACUGUAUGGUUCGUUAGGAUCUGUUGUGGCUGGCCUUGGACAUUUUUUAUUAACGAGCAAAAUCAGAAGAUCAUGUGAUGUUGGAGUAGGAGGAUUUAUUUUGGUGACUUUAGGAUACUGGUUCCAUUGUAGGUAUAAUUGUGCAAAACUAAGAAUACAGGAAAGAAUUACCAGAGAAGGUAUUAAAAAUAAGAUUUUAUAUGAAAGCACCCACCUUGAUCCUGAAAGGAAAUUUAAUUUACUGGCAGUGACCACAGAAGGGACCAAGGACGCUCCAACCAGAUCCCACCACUAUCUCACGUCCUUCUAUGCGACACCACCACCCACCCACCCCCUCUCCCAAGCGACCCUAGCCGGCUGGGCUGAGGCCUCGCGACCUGAGCCCGUGAGUAAAGCGGAGCAAGGAGCCUCCAGCGGGCUCGGGAAAAGGCGACGAGGAGACUCUAGACGUCGUGAGCCCUGGUCUCGCCACAUGCAGCGUCAGACCGACUCCGAGCGUCCGAACCCCGGAUAUCCCGGCCUCUUACCCCGCCGCCCUCUGGUCACCAGGAUUCGCGCCCGCUGCUGGUUCCAAGAAGGCGCCUGCGCGCUCGUCCCCGCGACCGAGCCCCUCCGGCCUUCCGCCCCCGCGUGCUCGCCUACUCGCGCGCCCGGCGCGGGAACGAGCCCGCAGAGCGUCUGGGGCGGAGCUGGAACAGGGCGUGGAAAGGAAGCUGCCAGUUUAGGAGGCGGUACGCAAAAGGCUGGAAUCCGAGAGGCUUCCAGUGCAGGGUUAGGCUAG